UUAUAGCUUAGAAGUGAUUAAGCCGUCAACGUAGCAAAGCGAGAGAAUUUUUUAAUUUUUAAAACACCAUGUUGUUCUGUAAACUUUUCGUUCUAACAAUUUUAACAUUCGCUUCUGGACUUGAGGCUGCAGUCGAUCGGUCGGGCGACGUUACAGAAAUUGAGAAUUUCAAUGAAGUUACAAAAGUAUUGGAGAACUCGCUAAGCAAAUUAGCCGCCGGUGAAGGUCCUAAAUACAAAUUAGGUAAGCUACACUCGGCCAUGGAAGGGCGAGGAGUGUAUGGCAAAGCCUACUAUAUCGAUGCUGAUCUUAUCGAUGAAAGCGGUAAAACGAAAAUUUGUUCGCUCAGCACAUGGAGUACAUACGACAGCAACGAAAUCAAAAUUACUUUUAGAUGCGACGGCGAACAGAAGUUGGUUAGGAAGCAUGGCCUUUAAAACAUAUAACAAAAUAUAUGUGCUACAUAUACGUUACAUGCAUAUAUAGACAUAUAUUUAUAUAUAUUUUUAAG